GGGGGAGGCAGGUGACGGUGUGUUGCGAGUCGAGAGCUGGAGAGCGCCUGCGCGUUCCCUCAGCCGGGCGAAGCGGACCGGCGAGGGACAACUAGGAGGACUCCCUAGUCCUCCGAGCUGGAGACGGUGGACCAAGUGAAAGCAAUUAACGGGUGGGGGGCGGGAGAGCAGGUGCUUUUAAUCGAGCAAUGCAGACAAGCAGGGGUUGGUGAUCCCGUCGUCCCCACAAGGCAAUAACGUGGGAGAGGCGAGUAAAACUGGCGUUUUCCCCAGAAUAGUGGACUGGGUAGCGUUAACCCGCAGAGCAAGCGCCGGUCCCGGCAAAGCGGACCGAGUAGAGUCAACCCACUGAGAGCGAGUUGCUCGAGCGGGAAGGCGGACCGGCUGGAGGCGACUUUCCGCCCAGCAAAGCGGACCCUGAAGGGGCAACCACCUUCCCCCCUCCCCAGCCUCGCCGAGGUGAAGUGGACCGCGUUGGCAACUGACUGACUGGCAUCCACCACUCACGAAAAAGGGGGUUGGGUGGAAGCCAGCGGCACAGGGGCGCCGUCUUGCUUUCCACCCCACCAUCCACUGAAAGGGUACUGGGCAAAGCGGACCCAAUAGAAGCAGCUGUCCGAGGGGCUUCUUUAGCCCCACCCCGGCAGAGGCGGACCGCGGCGAAGCCGCCCGCCCAAGUGGAUGCGGACCGGGUAGGGAGAGGUCCCAGGACUCCGCGCGCCACCGGUUUGAAUCCCAACGGUCGGCGCAGCGAUGGUGUCGUGGCUCAUCUCCAGGCUGGUGGUGCUUGCAUUUGGUACUUUGUAUCCCGCAUACACAUCGUAUAAAGCUGUCAAGACAAAAAAUGUGAAGGAAUAUGUCCGAUGGAUGAUGUAUUGGAUUGUGUUUGCAAUCUUCACAACAGUAGAAACUUUCACAGACAUAUUUAUUUCUUGGUUUCCAUUCUAUUAUGAAAUAAAGGUUGCAUUUGUGGUCUGGCUAUUGUCCCCAUACACAAAGGGUGCCAGUAUGAUUUACAAGAAGUUUGUUCAUCCCACCCUUUCUUCAAAAGAGAAGGAAAUAGAUUGCUACAUCAUUCAAGCCAAAGAGCGUAGCUAUGAAACGGUGGUAAAUUUUGGCAGGAAAGGGCUAAACAUGGCUGCAACUGCUGCUGUCAGUGCUGCUGCAAAGAGUCAGGGAGCUCUUGCUGGCCGCCUGAGCAGUUUCAGUAUGCAGGAUUUGACAAACAUUCGGGUCGAUGAGCCGACACAUUACAGAGAUCCUCUUUAUCCUGAGGAAGAGCAAAUAGCAAGAGAUCCCAUCUCUGCAGCAAGAGGAGAGUAUUCCCAAAGACUUCCAGACACUGCACUAAACUAUCAAUAUGCAGAAAGUGACUCUCAGGAUGAGUGCAAGUCUGACGGGGAGGCAGAAAGCCGAAGGAGUUCAUUACGCCGUGAAACGCAGAGUUCCAGAUUAAUCAGACGAGGGCAAAUAGCAAGAAAGAGAGGACAGGGCAAAGGGGGUGCGAUAAAACUAGCAAAACCUGGGUCAAAGAAGAAGAUGGUGCAGUCUAAUUUUGACACUUUAUGAGCACCAGAAAGAGCAAUGUGACAUUCAUGAUGAGCACUGAGCUGCACAAACUUCAUGGGUAAAAAAUCACCACUGCUGUUUUUAAUCACUGGCAACUUUGAAAGAGCCUGAUCUUAUAGCGUGAUUUGUUUAUUGUCACAGUUGCCCCUCAAGGGUUAACUGCUUUGAAGACAGUGGCAAAGGCUAGACUGCAAAUUAAAGAUGCAACAUUGUCAUUAACCAGGAAGUGUUGGAGUACUAGUUUGUAAUUGAUAACAGUGAAUGAAUAGGCACUGUGCACAUGUGUGUAUCUAAAGAAAUUCCUGUAUCUCCCUCAAGAUGAGGGAACGUUUGCUAGGGCAUGAUUUGAGGUGGGUGAAAUUCUCAUUUUGUUACCUUCAUGACAUAAAUUUUGUUUGUGGAUUGCUCUUAAUUCGGCAGGCAAGCAAGAUACUAGAAUGGGCUUGUGCUGAUGCCAUCAACAAUGUUGAACACGGCAUUUUACAGUACUUGUGUUUUUAAAUUAACUGCAGCUGAGAAUCCCCCAAUUGACACUAUAACACAAGUAACUGUUACAUUUUCUCAGAUGUAAUCUCGAUGGCUCUCAGUGCCUAUGGGAUAAACUUGCUACCUUAGGUAAAACUUUUCUGGCGCAUAUGUAUUGGAAAUGUAAACAUUACAGUAUCAAAAUGAAAGGUCUGCUUUUCAGUUUCCAUGUUUGUACAAGAGGAAGUAAUGUGUGUUUGAGUUUAAAAAGUGUAAUGAUGUCAGCAGAGUCUCGAGUGCGGUACUAGGGGGAAAAACUGGUCUACUUCAAAAGAAAAUGAAAGGUGGGGGUUUGUUGGAGCAAUGAUCUGUGAAAAGAGCUGAACACGCAGUGUCCUUUUAUGCUAACAGUUCAUACAGUUCAUAAGUGCCCUGAGACCAUUUUUUUUGCUUCAGACUCCUGCCAAAGGAAAUCCUCGUGAUCCAUUACAGUUUAUUUCAGUAAUUGUUAGUGUCUGUUUGAAUGUCGAUACUUUAAGUCAUUCAGCUUGUCAGCAAUUUCCAUUUGCACUCAUGCUAUUUGUAAUCAAAGAAAAUCCCAUGAAACUAGAUAGAAAUGCCACAUCAGAGGCUCAAGCAGAUAAUCUGGCUCCAAUCUAAAUGCUGCUUAAAAACAGUGCAUGAUUCUUUAAAUAUCUGAAUCUCUCCUAAUAACUUUCUAACAUUUUUGCUGUCAGAUUGAUAUUGUUAAACAUCUUGGAUAAAAUGUCAAUGGUUUGAUACAGAAAUUCGUUUAGGUCUGAUCCAUGACAAAACCAUGAGCACUACUAGUAUUUGAUGUUUGAUUCCAAGCCAGGUAACUUGUAUCUAGAUAAUUUAAAGUGUCUGAAGCUUGGAUGUUUCCCCAAGAUAGCUGUCCUGAUUGCAGUCUAGUCUGUAAAUUAUAAAUGUACGAUAGUCUUAAUGCUCAAGUGAUGGACACAAACCACAUGAUAAAUCAUGAAGUCCUUUUUGGGUAUCGAGCAGGUAGAUAGCACUGCUAAAGUGUUGCCAUGUAGACUGAGAACAAUCCAUCAGACAGUCUGUUCAAUAUCGUGUGUGUUUUCAUUACAAGUUUCUGUGGUUCAAUGUAUUAAUCUGCAGAAGAGAUGAAAAGCGCAAUGGAUCUCGCAGUACAACGUCUGGCACGAAAUGUACUGGAUAACCAGUUUUGACGCUCAAUUGCUUUGAAUUGAUGAAACUUUGGAGAGAAGCAGGAUUCAUUUAAACUGUACAUUUUUAUGAAAUGCAGCAGAGUAGAUGGGAAGUUAAAUGUGAAGCUCCUCCUGAUCAAAAUACAUACUUGACAUUGCAGAGGAGUAAGAGUGUGUCACUUAGAAUCCUGCUACGUAUUCAUUCUUGAUAGCCUUGUCUCUCCUUUUCUGCUGUUAUGAUAUCCAUUGUUUCUCAAUCCUUUACAAAUGGGUCUUUUAAUUCGUAUUGUUUUCACAAUAAAACUUGUUGGCUAAUGGAUAUUUUAUGCCAUGUCU